CUUCUUUUUUCUGCUUUUACAGAUGACCGUGUGCAGCCCAUCAGCCCCUCUGAGCAAAAAGCUGCCAGGACAGCAGAGCUUCUGCCCCCUUCAUUUUCUUUUAUUGUGUGUUUUCGUCAACUGUUUUUGGUCGGAGAAGCUUCCUUUCAGAGGGUUAACUUCACGUUGAGAGACCCCAAGAUGGAAAUAGAGAAAGAAGUAAAGAAGAUGACCCUUGGUCACGAGUUUGGAGCGGGGGCUGCUUGUCUGAAAUGCAAAGAUAAGUGUGAAGGGUUUGAGCUGCAUUUCUGGAGAAAAAUUUGUAGAAACUGCAAGUGUAGCCUUACCGAACACGAUGUGUCGAUGAACUCUGAGGAGAACAAGAAGGUAGGCAAGUUGUUUGAGGACACCAAGUACACUGGCCUCAUCGCCAAGUUGAAGACGGACGGCAUUCCCAGGUACCAGGGCAACAUGGUGACCAUCACGUUACCAGCCCCUGCAACUGCUUGCACAGUUCCUCCUAGCGCCUCGUCCACUAUUGUGAAGCCUCCAGCAGGUUCUGUACCAUCUGUAGAAGCCACCCCAGGUUCGACAACCAUCAAGUCUCAGACUCGGGCACAAGGUCAGCCUCUGGCUCAGCCUGUACCAGCCAGUGUCACCCCUCUUGAGGCCAAUAAAGUACCCAUCACCACCAGUGUCGCAGCAGCCAGAGUGAUGCCGGUCCCCAAAGAUAUGCCAAUGAAGUCUGUUACUUAUGAAUGGGCACCACCAGUACCCAAUAAGUAUCUGGCUGUCCGUUAUAUCGAACUACUCCCACCUGAGAAGCGUCCUGUGGCUGGUACAGAGGGAGCUGCUUACCGUCGGCAACAGAUGGCUUGUCAGCUGCCUGAGCAUGACCAAGACCCAUCCAAGUGUCACGAGCUUAGCCCUGCUGAGGUCAAGCAAAUGCAGCAGUACAUCCGCAAAUACAAGGAUGAUGUCCUGGGGGUCGGAGAUGUUAUGCUGCCUGAGGAGAUGGCUCAGGUUCAGGCUGGAAGGCAGGCUGGAGCUGCUGGUGGUGCUGAAGGUACACCUGCAUCAGGAGGGUCUGGCCGUUGGGGAGGGUCUGGUGUCCCUGCUGGGGCUGUUGGUGAGAUUGAAGGGGGGGGUUACGCACCAGGGGCUGGGGCAGUGUCUUCCUCGAAGCUUUCAGGCUCAGGGGUCAGAGAUGGUGUUAAAGGAGGCUUUGGACCUGUAGCAAGUGGAGCUGGGACUGCUGGGGCUGGACCACAUGCAGGACCAGGGACUGGACUGUCUAAUUCCUUCGGACCUGCCGGAGGAGCCGUGGGUACUGCUGCCACUACUGGAGCCAUGAGUGCUGGACUACCACAAAAAAACUUUUUGUGCCAUCACUGCCAGAAGCCCAUGGGGCUGGGUGAGCCUGCCGUUUAUGCCGAGCGGGCCGGCUACGACAAACUAUGGCAUCCAUCGUGCUUUGUGUGCUGUACCUGUAAUGAACUGCUCGUGGAUAUGAUCUACUUCUGGAAGAAAGGCAAGAUGUAUUGCGGACGUCACUAUGGAGACAGUGAGAAGCCUCGAUGCGGCGGCUGUGACGAGUUGAUCUUCAGCAAUGAGUACACUCAAGCUGAGGGGCAGAACUGGCAUCUGAAGCAUUUCUGCUGUUUCGAUUGUGACUGCAUCCUGGCUGGGGAGACAUAUGUGAUGGAGAAAGACAAGCCUGUCUGCCAACCUUGCUACAUGAAAAGCUAUGCUGUGAAAUGCUCAGCCUGCCAGAAUGCGGUUGAGCCUGAGGCGCAGAGAGUUUCCUAUGGCGAACAUCACUGGCAUGCUGAACCACAGUGCUUCAAGUGCUCUGGCUGCACUAAGUGCCUGAUGGGCCAGCGCUUCAUGGCGGUGCAGAACUUCCUCUUCUGCUCUGUGGAGUGCAAAAAGAAAGUCAUUGCCUAGAGAGUAACUUUAGAAACCUGAACUUAAUCAGUGUGUGAUGCCAUCUAAGAUGAUCUACCCACAAAAUAAUCUACUGUUGAUUGAUAAUAUUAAUGUGCAAGGUUUUAGAGUUCAUACAUAAAAAACUACUGAUGCUCUCCUAUGCAGUAUUAUGGUCAUGGGUUGAAAUCAAUAACAGAAGCUUGAGCCUGUAACAGUUUUGUUUUUUGUUGUUGUUUUUUCUAAAAAAUGUCUGAACAGUAACAUUGAUGAAUUGCCCAGUCUUUAAUACAUACACUUUUAUAACUCCACUUUAACAAUGUAGUUUAAUUUGGUGUUCACUUUUAUUUUACACAUUGUAAUGUUUUCUACUGUACUGCCAACAAUUUAAACCACUAAUGUAUUAACUGCUGCGAUUCCAUUGCUUAUUAUUUAAUUGGAUUCCAGCUUGAUCAAAGAAAAUGUAUUUUGCCUUGUAUUAAAAUAAAUCUGCUGAUGAAGAAAG